GAAGGGAAGGUGGCAUAGGCGAUGUGGCCGACCCUGCGUUACUUAGGCACUGCCUGCGGUCUGGCUCGAUGUCGCUUUGCUGGAGGUUUCCUCCCGUCAAGCGAGCGGAUGCCUGGGGGGCCGGAGCUGCUGUGCUGGGGUGGCCGUAGCUUCAGCACUAGCUCAUUUGAUAUAGUCAUUGUCGGUGGCGGAAUUGUGGGGCUUGCCUCUGCCAGAACACUCAUCCUGAAACACCCCGGACUUUCGAUUGGUGUUGUGGAAAAGGAGAAAGAUUUAGCUCUUCACCAGACUGGGCGGAACAGUGGGGUCAUACAUAGUGGAAUUUACUACAAACCCGAAUCCCUGAAAGCUAAACUGUGUGUAGAAGGCGCAGCCCUCAUCUAUGAGUACUGUAAGCUCAAGGGAAUUCCCUACAGGCAAUGUGGCAAGCUAAUAGUAGCUGUUGAGCAAGAAGAAAUCCCCAGACUUCGGGCCCUGUAUGAGAGAGGUCUGCAGAAUGGAGUCCAAGGCUUGAGACUGAUCCAACAGGAGGAGAUAAAAAAGAAGGAACCAUAUUGCAGGGGUCUAAUGGCCAUUGAUUGUCCAUAUACUGGCAUUGUGAACUAUCAGCAGGUAGCUUUGUCAUUUGCCCAGGAUUUCCAAGAUGCUGGUGGCUCUAUCUUGAAAGAUUUUGAAGUAAAGGAUAUUGAAAUCGCUAAUGAAAGCCCUUCCAGAAGUAAGGAUGGGAUGAACUGUCCAAUCGCUGUCAGGAAUACUAAGGGAGAGAAGGUUCACUGCCGCUAUGUGGUGACAUGUGCAGGGCUUCACUCAGACCGUAUUUCAGAGUUGAGUGGCUGCAAUCCCGAUCCUCAGAUUGUCCCAUUCCGGGGAGAUUACCUGCUCUUAAAGCCAGAAAAGGGCUACCUUGUCAACGGGAAUAUUUAUCCGGUCCCGGAUAGCCGCUUCCCUUUCCUUGGAGUUCACUUUACACCAAAGUUGGACGGCACUGUGUGGCUCGGGCCAAAUGCAGUGCUCGCCUUCAAGCGGGAAGGUUACAGACCCUUUGACUUCAGUGCCAGAGAUGUUAUGGAAAUAAUUCUCAAGAGUGGUUUCCUUAAAAUGUUGCUUCAGAAUUUCUCGUAUGGAGCAAAUGAAAUGUAUAAAGCCUGUUUUCUCAGUGAGACAGUGAAGCACCUUCAGAAGUUCAUCCCUGAGAUCACCACCAGCGAUGUGCUUCGAGGCCCAGCUGGAGUGAGGGCCCAGGCCUUGGACAGAAAUGGAAAUCUGGUAGACGACUUUGUGUUUGAUGGAGGAGCUGGGGAGAUUGGAGACCGUGUUCUUCACGUGAGAAACGCGCCUUCUCCUGCCGCCACUUCUUCCCUGGCGAUCUCGAGGAUGAUUGCAGAGGAAGUGCAGCAAAGAUUUAAGUUAUGAAUGGCGGAGGGAGCUGUGUUUGCGUCCUAGUCCCUACACAAGCAGCAAGGAGCUGCCAGCUGUGUUUUUGAAUUAAAUUAAGAAGAUUAUUUUAAAACUAUACCUUUUAGGCUAAAAUAGCCAUCGACUUGUUAACAGGAUAUAGCAGAUAUAAUUUUUAAAAAUUCAGGUCCAUAUUCUUCUUCUUUUUUUUUUGGUUUUUCGAGACUGGGUUUCUCUGUGCUUUUUUGGAGCCUGUCCUGGAACUAGCUCUUCUAGACCAGGCUGGUCUCGAACUCACAGAGAUCCGCCUGCCUCUGCCUCCCAAGUGCUGGGAUUAAAGGCGUGUGCCACCACCGCCUGGCCAGGUCCCUAUUCUUAAGAACAAAGAAGCAAAGAGCAUCUGUACCUGUUCUGAAGCCUCGAGUUUGUUAGGGAUUUACCCAACCCGCUGUGAUUUAGGAAGGACUUGGGAAGGGGGCACAAAACAUGGACUGUUCCAUAUAAUAUUUAAUUUUUUUCCUGGAAAAAAUGUCAAAGUAUAUUGUAGGGCGUGACAUUCUUUUAAUCUGAAGAGUCUGAAAAGCUUAUAUUAUUUAGUGAGGUUUUUUUUAUCUGGAAACUGGAAAUGCUUGAUUUUAAAAUUAUUUUAAAAGGAAUACAUGAAAUUUUGUGUUUCUAAAUAGCAUAAACAAACCCAGCCCUUUGCUCUCGGUCUCUUUGUAAGUCUCUAAUGUCUGGUGUGGCAUCACGUGGUCUGCAGAGCAGUGUGCCUGUGUGCUUAUGGCCUACGCUACAGUUCCCUGUGGCCGAGAAGCGCAAGUCCCUGAAAGGACCGUGUUUUAUAAGAGCAUUUUAACUCCUGACACUGAGUGUAGCACUGUGUAAUUUUAACCAGUUAUUUAUUCCAUACUUCUGUCCCAGGAUCUUGGCCAGGAUUACUGAUAGUUCAUACCUACGUGGGUUUUCAGAGUUCCUAUAAACUUUGCGAGGACAUUUCUCCAUUUUUGGUUAAUAUCUAACUUGGAGGCAUUCACUUUUGUAAGCCGCGGAAGUGCCUUAUAUUCUCCAUAUGUACUUCAUGAGCUUGUAAGUUGGCGCCAAGUGCCGUACUGAAUACUCGUGUGCGCGUGUGUGUAGUGCCAUACUGUACUGUAUUGUGCAUGUGCAUGUGUGUCUUACAGUUCAGAACAUUGGAAAAUAGAAAUGUAAGUGAGAAACUGGCGACUUGGCCGUGGAAUCAGAGCCGGCCCUUAGGUGAGAGGCUUCAUUCGUCUCUCACGUGUGUUCUCUCAGGGUUCAUCUUUCAUCUUCCUCACCAACGCUGUGAUGGGGGCCUGAGAAGGCUGCGCAUAUUGAUAGGAAAACCUUUCCUUUUUUAUUUUCUCCCCACUCUGGCCCUUGGUGGUUACAUUUAUUAAGCCAUCUCAUCCAUUAAUCUGAAAGGAUACUUACUAUAAUCUUCAGUUCAAGAGGCAGCACAUCCCAGGUAAGUAGAUGAGGCAGUUAUGCAAGACAUGGGAUGGGCAUAUUGAAACAUUUAGAAAUCAUUUAUGGAGGCAACAAACCCUAAUGGUUCUCCAUAACAAUAGUUUUUCUACAAGGAAUGCCCCGCGUGGAGUGCUUCUCUGUUCUAAGACUUCUAAGGGAUAUAACAUUUCGUGAAGAUUAUUUUCCUUUUAGAUGUGGCGAGAGAAGUGUGCAAUGGUUCUCUUCUCCAUAGGCUGUGAGAGCUUGUGUGCACACGCUAAGCUGUGCACGACUAAAGUUACAAAAAUAACUGUCACAAUUGAAGCAUCCUUAUUCCAUCUGGGUAUGCAUUUAUGCUCCAAAAUAACAGAGACAAUUUUGGUGAAAUAUGUCAGUUAUUCUGCUUGUAAAAUAUUUGAUAUUUAUGUC